AUGGCGACGACAGCCCUUGCCGCGAGUGCGCCCCCCACUGCUGACAGCAGACCCUUGAAGGGGACGGAAGAGGCGGCUCCACCACGAUCCUCUGCCGAGACGAACAUGCGUUGCCCUGACCCAUCCGCGCAUUCGCAUCAGUCAAAGAACAGCGCAUUGCAAAAUCAGGCGUCUGCAGCAGCGCUAUAUUCCCAUAACCACGGUGGCCCGGCCAAAGCAAACGUAGCGAAACCCAUCAACCCGCUAGGAGCCGACGGCAAGCUCUCAUCAGCGAGCGCUGCUACAAGUCUCAAAUACGCAAAGGCCCAAGACCUUCCCAGCUAUCCCGUCGUUGGAAUCGACACUCAAUCUUCUGCCGGAGCUGCCGCGCUGCUCGCGAACCAGAACAAGAAGAGCCCGGAGUGGUGGAAGCCCGAAGCAUCCCCCGCCGCAGGCAAGGCUGCGUUGCUCGCAAACGGUUAUAAGAUGGCUCCCAUGUGGCACCCGGAAGCCAGUGCUGAAGGUCAUUCUGCUGCUACCAUCGCUAUGAGCAAGAAGGGGCUCGGCCCAGAGGUCGACUAUGGAUACACCGAUCAGGGCAGGAAGAACGCCUUCACUGCGGCUACCGAUGCGCACUCCGCAUCGAGGCGUAAGCGCGCUCAGUCAAACCCACCAACUGCGCCCCUGUAUCCAGACUCGAAGAAUUCGGCCAGGAAUGCAUUGGGCGCAGCAACACUCGCUCAUAGUGCGUCUACUCGAGCCAAACCACAAGCUAGUCCUGCUGAUUCCAACCACCGCGGACAUGGUGCUAUGGAAGCUGCACGCAUUCAGCAUGCAAAGAGCAUAUCGCGCGACAUGUACACCAGCACUCCGCCUGUUGCGUUAGAGACAGAGGAGAAGAGGCACAACGACGCUCUCCGAGCUUCUGCCAUAUCUAUGGCUAAGAAGAUCUACGAUGUGCAACAGCAACACAUCGAUGGCGCAACGGGCCAGUCUGUCGCCCGCACUGGAGCGACUGCAGCACACAGUCAACAGCCAGCGACUGGUGAGGCUGAUAUCAAGCAGCAAGCUAUGCGCUACAUCGGGAUCCAAGAAGCUGCACAAAAGCUUGCUCAAGAAAGGCUGGCAAAGAUAGGAUAUGACGAGAACGCCGCCUACCGAAGCUACUACGGCUACGACCAGCCAACCAGGUCGAAACUCUCCAUGCGUCGUGGGCGUAAUCGCGCCCACAGUGCUUCUGAGACAGCCCCUGCGGACACUUCGGACUCUGACGAAGACGACUUUCGUUCGAGGCGAAUUCGUUCGCAGAUGGAUCAGCUCAAUAAGCAACUGGCUGAUGUGGACGCAAAGAAACGCGAAAAUGAUCGCAAAUCCUUGCUUGCUGCUGCGCAGCGCAAGGUUCAAGCACAGAUGCAGGGCAUGGACAAGAAAAUCUAUGACGAAACGGGCAAGAUGUCGUCUGCCAUGGUGGACGAUUGGGAUGAAAAGGCGAGGCAGCGUGCCUUAGCGAACUCUGAGGCUCGCAUGGAAAACCACGGUAGGGUGCAUAUCGGUAAUGGCAAAUGGAUGGAUCAAGGCGAAAUCGACGCUAUCGCCCAGGCCAGAAUUCAGCCUACUUUAGACGAAAUCACCGAGAAGACCGAAAAGCGCCUCGCCGAGGACGAGAAGCGGCGUGCUGAGGAAGAAGAGCGCCGACUCGAUCAGGAGCAGGACAAGCGCCGUAUUCGUACCGAGAAAGAGCGGGCCGCUGAGAUCAAGGCUGAGGAGAGGCAAGGAAGGGAAGAAGAGAAGAGGGCUGCCAAAGCGAAAGCUGCUGAAGAGAAGCUGGCUGCGAAACAAGCAAAGGAAGCGGAGAAGACCAAAAUUACCGAACAACGCAAGUCCAAGGAGAUCCCGCUGGCUGAACCAGCAGUCGUAGAUGCUGAAGGGCCGCGUGACAACGAGGAUCUUUAUCAAGAGCCCACACCUACAGAAGCUCAACGUACUGCUGAGCAUGAUUCAACCGACCCGACUUCGCCCACGUCGCAAGGAUCUUCGAAAGGGUUCAAAUCGCUCCUGAACAAGUUGAAGCGCCGCUCAAAGCAUGCUCCUGGGACAGAAACUGAAGGUAAUACGAAAGAAAAGGAACCUGGCUUCAUUGGUGGCGCAACUCUUCGGAACUCCACCUCACAACCCCAAUCUCAAUCUCAGUCUUCGAAGAGCGCUAUCCAUCCAGCUCGUGAGUCGAUAGACAGCCGCGUAUCUGCUGAUGUCGAACCACCAAAGGAUUUAGGCGCGGUUGAGCCUACUUACGUUCCUCACGUCGGCCAUGUUGACGAGGAUCGCUACUCAGAUGUCUCAUCCUUGUCUAGCGAUGGGGAGGAGUUCAGCAUCGCACGUGGAAGACCAGCAGAACGUGUUGUAAGUGGUGCAACAGCGACAUCCGCGGGAGAGAGCUUUGAGGAAGCCCGUGAUCAUUUCGACGAAGCUCUAGCACCACCCCCAGCGUUCGGCUCUGAUGCAGAGAAAGCGAGGAUAGGAAGUCCAAACCGAGAGUCAAAGUUUCAGGAAGUGGGACUGUAG